AUGAAAUAAGAUUCAAAAAGACAUAAAUCAUCUUAUUACAAACUUUCUUAACACAUCAGACAAACUCUUAUUCAUUUAAUUUGUUUAAAAGGUUUCAAAAUAAAGAAAGUAUAUAUUAAUCACAUAUUUAGGCUGCAAAUUUCUUAAAUAUCAAAUAUGCAGCAGCAAAAUCGAUUUUUCAAUACUAUAGAAAGAAUAUAAUCAAUAAUAAAUAAAGCAUCGAUUCAAAAAAUAGAUGUUUGUACAGAAUUGUUACUAAUGAAAUUGUAAAUUUUCAAAUAAUCACCAAAAUUGCUGGUGAGUAUGUUAAUUCUAAAACAGUUUAUUCAACAUCAACUCAAACUUGA